AUGUCCACGCUCGCGAGACCUCCCACUUACGCUCUCGGUUCCUUUGACUCGCACUGGGAGACCGCUUCUACACCGAGCGCUCCGAGGGCGAGGCGAGAGGGUCUAGGGCGAGGCGGGAAUAACUAUGGACAACGACAAAUUGAUAACUCUUGUGUGUGUGAGAUAUGGGAGGCAAAAAUUGCCAUAAUAGAGAUAUUUCUCGGCAAAAUGGGAGAGAAUGCUACAGAACUCAACACAAUCAACAUGUGA